AUGUUGCACCGAGAUGCACCGUUCGGGCUCGCGAGUUAUCGGGGGCUUGCAGAGCCUUUUCGGGACCCUCAGCCACGAAAAUAUACAGCCUCAAGUUUAACAUCUACGUCUCGCCACCUCAAAGCACCAAGCUCGGGACAACAAGUCCAUGCGGUUGGGCCGCUUCCCGAGGACGUAAUGGUUAUGGUCAUUGCCUAUUUGGGAGUCGCGGAUAUUCUAGUCAUCCGUCGCUUGUUACCCAUCGAGUGUAACAAAUGGCUCAAGUACCUCACCGAAGAUCGAACUAUUUGGUUAAACUUUAUUUUACAACCGACGUACCCGGUGUCCGAGCGUGUUUCUCAGGCAGCUGGGACCAUGUCUGCUCAAGAGCUCGAAAACGAGGUUCGCAAGCAAUUUGAACUAUCCCGUCGUUGGUCUCCCAAAGCACAACCCGACGUUCCUAUCAGGCCCCGAACAUCCCGUCGCCUCGCCAUGCCAAACAACGAGUUUCUGACGGCCAUGGCUUCGAUGGACUCGUGGGUUGCGGUUGCCUCUGACUUGGGAGGCGUAUACGUAUGCGCGCCUUUUGGAGAAAAUUACAAACAUGGUCUCAAGUGGAUCAGGGUUCUGUCAUUGACGGUGCAGAUCGCCAAGUUAGGACGGCGCGCCGAGGUUUGUUUCUUGGUCAUCCUCCCGGUGGCCUAUUCUAAUUUUGUUCAAGCUAUCGAUGCGGGGUCGUCAGCGUUGGCGGAAGAUCUGCUCCAAGCUCAGUCACGCACGCAAGGGGGUCUUUUAUUGGAUAGUUCGGAUUUUAUCCAUUCAAUUGCUUUGGAUCUACGUAAUCCUGCCUCAGAAGUGAUGGGUAUUGCUAUUGGCGAGCGCUAUUGUGCCGUAGUUGAUGCUGCGCAUAUAUUUCAAGUUUUUAUGCACCGGCCGCAAGGGAAUGAAGCGCCGGCUCGUUCAGAAUUUCAGGGGCCACAUCGCUCAUCCAGAAGGACAAUAACGCUUCAAUUUCUGCCAUGCGAUCAGCUUUUGAUUUACUCUGACAGUUUUAUUGCCAUUCAUAAACCUGUAGCACCUUCGACCACUGUAAUGGAGCGUAAAUACUGGACACACUUGCCUACCGAAACCUUUUUUGGUCUUUUGAAUCAAUUUCGGUCGUCCAGUAUAACGAAUUCGGGUCAUAUGCGCGUGCCGAUUCUGGCGUUUAGCAAUAGUGGUGAAGAGAUAACCCAUUACGAUCUUCGCGUCCCUUAUUUGGAAGCAGAAGGCUCUGAGCCCGGCAGCUAUGGUCUAACGCAUCGCCGUUCCUUCUUUUAUCUGCUCUCACCCGCAUUAGGAGCAUUCUCAAUGGGUACCGUCAAUGGGGGUUGCUAUCGUUCCGUCUGGAUCACCACAGGAAGUAGUUUCCAACCAUUGGGGAUCGCGCUUGGGCGAAGGUUUGCGAAUAGCUACGACCCAUCGAUGUCACACCAGGCGCCUCUUGACAGGGCCUUGCUCGAUCUAGGGGAUUACGGAGAUUUGGCCAUGAUUCAAGGCCGUCCUGGACCGCUGUUUGCAUUUCAUGAAGGAGAGGGGAUGUUAUUGGGUGGCACACGGGGAGGGUCGGAUUUAGUCAUGCUUGAAUAUUAA